AUGGCGGAGGAGUAUAUCAACCAUUGGAGAAUCGAGAAGUUUGAUCCGGCAUGGAAUCCAACCGGUAUGCUCGAAGUCAGCUCCUUCUCCAGACGCUAUCCUCGCUACAUAGAGACUUAUCUUCAGGCGUGUUGGCAAAGUGUCAAAUCCGCUCUCAAGGAGUACGGAGUCUCCUGCAAGCUCAGCGUAGUUGAAGGUACUAUGACUGGUUCAACGACCAAGAAGACAAGAGAUCCUUACAUCAUUGUCAAAGCUAGGGAUUUGCUUAGGCUUCUCUCCAGAAGUGUCCCUGCUCCUCAGGCAAUCAAGAUUCUGAAAGAUGACAUGAGUUAUGAUAUCAUCAAUAUCCGAAAAAUGGUUCGUAAAAAG